AUGGAAACGGGAGUUGGUAGCAGCCUGGCGUACCGCUUGAACAGCACCGGUGUUUAUCAAACAGUGGAAAAGUGCGGUGUGGGUGCUCGGCGCUGUGCCUCCCUCCGUGUCCCGCAGCCUGACUUGAUUUUAUUUUUUAAAUAUCAAGGUGACCAUGCUGUUCUGUGUGUCAGAAUCAAGAACGUAGCAGUAGCUGUGACAAAAGCAGCUCGACUUCACCUGUUUCAAGCACAGGAAUGGCAGAAGCUGCAGAACAGUGUCCAAGAUCACAGCUGUACAGAGAAGUUCUCUAAAGCUCAGCUGACAAUGACUGUGAACCACACAGAGCAAAAUCUGACAGUGUCCCAGAUUCCUUAUCCGGAAACAUGGUAUGUGUUUUAUGUAGACAAGUUUACCUGCGAGGAGAAUUAUUCUGAAUCCGAGGAUAUUCAGUUUGAAAUGGUCUUACUAAACCCAGAUGCAGAAGGGAAUCCAUUAGAUCACUUUAGCGCAGGGGAAUCUGGAUUACAUGAAUUCUUUUUCCUGCUUGUCCUGGCAUACUUCGUAACUGCUUGCAUAUACGCACAGUCCCUAUGGCAAACAAUUAAGAAGCGUGGACCUAUGCAUACUGUGUUAAAGGUGUUGACAAUUGCUUUACUAUUGCAGGCUGUUUCAGCUUUUGCCAACUACCUGCAUUUCUCGAGUUAUUCUAAAGAUGGAAUAGGAGCACCUUUUAUGGGAAGUCUGGCAGAAUUGUGUGACAUAGUCUCACAGAUCCAAAUGCUAUAUUUAUUGUUGAGUCUGUGUAUGGGUUGGACGAUAGGCAGAAUGAAGAAAUCUCAUGGCAGACCUCUUCAGUGGAAUUCCACUCCAACAUCUACUGGCAUUGCUGUAGUAGUUGUUGUUACACAGAGCUUUUUAUUAAUUUGGGAGCAGUUUGAAGACACGAAUCACCACAGCUACCAUUCACACCAUGGCUUAGCAAGCGGACUGCUUAUUGGCCUCCGAGUUUGCCUAGCUUUGUCACUGGCUGCUGGUCUUUACCAGAUCAUCACAGUGGAGAGAAGCACGCUGAAAAGGGAGUUCUAUAUCACCUUUGCCAAAGCCUGCAUUCUCUGGUUUUUGUGCCACCCAUGUCUUGCAACCAUUGCUGUAAUAUUCAGAGAAUAUCAAAGAGAAAAGAUUAUUACCAUAGGUGUUAUCCUCUGUCAGUGCAUCUCCAUGGUUAUCCUUUACAGACUUUUUCUAUCUCAUAGUCUAUAUUGGGAAGUAUCUUCGCUGUCAGCAGUGACUUUGCCACUAACGGUAUCCUCUGGACAUAAAAAUCGACAUCACUUUUGAGAUGUUUCGGAAGAAUACAUUAUGUGCAAUAAUGACUUACCUAUACAGGUUGUUUCUUGUCAUAGGUGUGUGAUACAUUGGUUUCACUGGA